AUGGGAUCACAAGAAGACCGGCGAAAACUCAAUAGCCUUCCUAAUGAAAUCUGGUCUUUGAUAGGAGAGGCAAACUUUGUUAUUCUGGCCUUGACGGACUGUACACUGAGCAGUAAACAUUACUCAGGAAGGUACUCAAUAGCUGAAUUUCAACCGCGGUAAAGGCUACAACUGAUUCACCAUUAUACCCGCCAUUCUAAACCACGAACAAACUUUCGGCUGCCAUUGACUUCCGUUCUCCGCAUUUCCUCUCAGUUUAUAAUAACGUAACCCCCCGGUGACGUUGCGUAUGCAAACUUUGCGUUUUUUCUGCUGUAUAUGUUAUGUCAAUAUAAUUAACUCGCUGACAAGAACUCUGAACUUCGCACAAUCUUAACCAUACCUCCUUCCGUCUCAGCUCUGCAGGCUCUUAUUAGCUCAGUCGGGUGCAACAAUAAUGAAAAUGAUUUAGGGCUCACGGACUCGACUCCGGAAUAAUUUCUCUUUCCUCGCUUGGGUUCAUUUUCAUAAAAGUGCUAUCUUUCAGAUGAAGUUUUGUGGAUAACAGCUACCAAAUUGGAAAAACGUUCCCGAACCCCUGGACACAUUUCAUUUCAGUAGUGGAAUGUAUCCCCUCGAAAAUUCUUUGUCUCGAACCUUCGACAUCUUAGCGAGAGAAUUUUGUCUGUCCAAACUCAGCUUGAGUGAUCGGGUCAGAAGUCGGACUUCACUUUUUAAAAUUACUUCAGAUGCAAACCACGCCGUUCCCAUCUCACUGAGUGUGAAGACAUCUUGUACUCUCUGUGGUCAGGUGUUGAUCGAGAUAUUCUAGUAAUCUUUUCCUCCUUUUCAUCUUUCCCGAUUAAUGUGUGCAAAUUUAAUUUACAAGCACUAUUUCAGAACAAACGGUCAAGUCGGUCAAGCAUUUGA